CUGAGGAUCGAGGACCACGACUUCGCUAUGAGGCCCGGCAUCGGGGGAGCAGCCAUACCUGUUGGCAUUGACGUACAGGUGGAGAGUAUUGACAGCAUCUCUGAGGUCAACAUGGACUUCACCAUGACCCUGUACCUCAGACACUACUGGCAGGACGAGAGGCUGUCCUUUCACUCCGGGAACAACCUGAGCCGCACGUUUGACGCCCGGCUGGUGAAGAAGAUCUGGGUGCCGGACGUGUUCUUCGUCCACUCCAAACGCUCCUUCAUCCACGACACCACCAUGGAGAACAUCAUGCUGAGGGUUUGGCCCGACGGCAACAUCCUGUAUAGCGUGAGGAUCACCGUCACAGCUCAGUGCUCCAUGGACUUCAGCAGCUUCCCUUUAGACACACAGAACUGCUCCCUGGAGCUGGAGAGUUAUGCCUACAAUGACAAUGACCUCAUGCUCUACUGGAAGAACGGCAACGACUCUCUGAGGACCGACGAGAUUGUGCUCUCGCAAUUUUUCAUCGAGGAGUUUCACCCAUCCAGUGGAAUGUCCUUCUAUGGCAGCACAGGCUGGUAUAACCGGCUGUACAUAAACUUCAUUCUGAGACGGCACAUUUUCUUCUUCAUGCUGCAGACAUACUUCCCCACCAUGCUCAUGGUGCUGCUCUCAUGGGUGUCUUUCUGGAUCGACAGGAGAGCUGUGCCGGCUCGAGUCUCCCUUGGUAUUACUACGGUGCUGACCAUGUCCACCAUCAUCACGGGCGUGUCGGCCUCCAUGCCCCAGGUGUCCUACGUCAAGGCGGUGGACAUCUACCUGUGGGUCAGCUUCUUGUUUGUGUUCCUGUCUGUCAUCCAGUACGCUGCUGUCAACUACCUGACCACCAUUAAGGAGAUGAGGAGACGCAAGGAAGGAAAGCCGCCCUCCUUCGACGCCACCCAAACCAUGGCUUUCGAUGGCUACUACCACGAGGCGGACAUCGAGCUCACCAACUUCUCUUCCAUGCCGACCCUUUCGGCGGACCCUCCGGGCUUCCCCACGGACCCUGCAGCAGACGUCCCCCCUGCAGUGGGCACACGGCUGUGGAAGAGGCGGCCCGUCCAGCACUACAUAGACUUGGUCAUCAGCAACAGCUACCUGAUAGACUCCUACUCCAGGAUGGCCUUCCCUUUGGCUUACCUGCUGUUCAACAUCAUCUACUGGAGUGUUUAUUCAUGAACACAAGUGUCUGCAGCAA